UUUAAUCUCCGUUCUCCCCAACACUAAUUCCUAUUCUCAAGCAAUAAUUUUGUACGUUAAACAAAAGAUUCGUGUGCACGAUUGGAUAGUUUGGUUAUUUAUUUCUGUUUAGAGAUAAAAGAGUCAUGAGAAGUUGUUCACCAUGCGCAGCCUGCAAACUCCUCAGGCGUCGCUGCGCCGAAGAUUGCAUCUUUGCCCCUUACUUCCCUUCUCAGGACCCGCACAGGUUUGCUAUUGUUCACAAAGUCUUCGGCGCUAGCAAUGUCAGCAAAGCGUUGCAGGAGCUUCCUGAAGACCAGAGAGGGGACGCUGCGAGUAGCAUGGUUUACGAAGCAAAUGCAAGAGUGAGAGAUCCUGUUUAUGGAUGUGUUGGGGCCAUAUCCUACCUUCAAAAUCAAGUUUCCCAGUUGCAGAUGCAGCUUACCGUGGCUCAGACUGAGUUACUUCGCAUUAAGAUGCAUCAAGAUUCGCCUUCGCCACCUUACCUUGCACCCACUAACAACUUCAAUAACAUUGAUUCUCAGCCUGAAUACCUCAACUUCCCUCCUUCUACCAAUGUAAUCCAAGACCCAUCUCUCAAAACUGAAUCUAUUUGGACUUAACUGUAAUUCCCUCCAAUUUUAUUUUUGCCUUUCUCAAAUGAAUUUUCAUUUUAAGCAAA